GGAUCAACCCAUAUCAGCAGCAUUCCAGCCAAGACUUUGCACCCUUUGUUCAAUUAUAUUUCUGGUGUUUGAUCUUCCUUUUUUUUUUCUUUUUCCCCCUUUUUCAUGACUCGCUUCUUUCACUCCAUUCCAUCCCAUCUAUUUCCCAAUUAAAUUGUUACUUAGAAGUUGUCGUCAUCGAUUAUACCCGCGCGCGCGCACACACACAAUUAUUACCCCCACCUCACACCUCGAGCUGUCGCUUAAGAGCUUGGAGUUAAAGUACCUUAAUUCAAGCCUCUCGAUUUAUUUGUUUUUCAAGGGUCCAGAAGCAUCUAAGACCCUUGGGGUCCCAAGCAGCCGGUCACCAAAUUUUUUCGUUUAAAAAAAGCUAUUGCUGCCCACCUCGGACCUGGCUGUCCACACAUAACGUCGAGAUGGCGCACGUGGCCCGAGAGUUAGAUUUGAAUGCCUACUAUGGACCCGGCACCGUCAUGGACAAAAUGAAUGCGGUGCCGGGUCUAAAAACUAGCACUGCAUUCUUCCUCUUUCUCCGGGCGAACCUCGUUGUCAAUCCCUCCGCCGUCUCGACGCCAGAUAUGGAGCCGGAACCUUCCAAUAAGCUCCCCCCGCCUUCGCCAUCGCCGCUUGUAACGGUCGAUCCGCCGAGUAACCCAAUCCCGGAUGAUCUGCCCCCGUUAUCUAUCAGUGCAUUGAGUGAUGAGACCGACAAGGUGGAUGCAUUGAACCUAGUCACAGACUCAAUAGCACAACAACGGCAAUCAUCCUCGUACUCCCUGGUCUUCCAUCCGUACCUACUUGCCGUCCUUGCCGUGGCGCUCGGUAUUACAUACCAAUAUUCAUGGCGCGUAAAACGCGAUCUCGGUAUGGCGUUCAUGUUGCAUUCCGGCGUGGUCAUGAUCUACCUACUCACAAUCCGCUAUUUUACGGGCCAAUACAUACAAGUGGCCGAGAGUAUGAAGUGGAGCUGGAUGGUAUCGGAGGACGGCGAGGAAGACACCGUUGUUGGUGUGCGGUUUGGCAAGGAUCUUAUUGGCGCCUUAGUCCUACGACUUGAGCAGAACCCGAGUCUAGCCGGUAAGAGAAGGAGCCGAGGUUCGGCGCUUAAGGGAGGCAAGGGCAUCAUCCGAGCGUGGACUGUCAAAAUGAGAUACCGUGGUAAAGGCGUCGGCGCAGAUUUAUUACACGAGGCGGUCAAGGUGACGAGGGAGAGGUGCGGGAAGGAUGCUGAAGUUGGGUUUGCGAAGGAGCAUGCGAAUAGCACAAUGGUGCUGCCGGAAGUUUUUAACGGCGCGCUUAGAAAAGACGAGCAGAGAGCCGCAAAGGCUUUAGAAAAAGUUUUGAGCGAGUGGGAGGGUAGCAAGCGAAGGCGGAAGCUAUAGAGGUCCAGGAUCUUAUAGAGGACGGUAGACGCUUGGUCGGUCGGUGGUAUGGCGUUUGGCGGCGGCUACUAUUUGUUUAUGGUUGCUUGAUGAUCAAAUACCCCCAUUCGUUUAGAGUGUUUAUGAGCUCAAAUAGACCAUGACAA